UGCCGUCGUUUCAACAAUGCCUUUGACCUUGUGCAAUUUCGCAUCCUCUCUCUCUAACACCCUUCUUCUACUUCUUCUUCAGCCUCAACAACCAUAACCAUUGCAACACCACAGCGUGACCCAUUUCUUAUGCUACUUUUCCCUACCCUCUCAUCGUGCUACCCAUCAUCACCUUCGCUUCUCUGUGCAAAUUUUCUACCUCUGCAAAGUCUUAGUGAUUUCAGGUUCUGGGGUUGCUUUCUUUUCUUUUGUUUUCUUUUGUUUUGUAAGGUCGAUUUUGUUACUGUGGAAACUUGCUUGUGUGAGAUACAACGUUGGAAUAUGUGGUGUCUCAUGUUUUUGUCUCUGUGGGUUUCGGAUCAUGGGUGCUAAGGUUUUACAACCUUCUGAUCUCAUCUUCAAGAACACCACAAUACCAAAGAGAUUCCAACAAUUCGGGUUUUUUCAAGAUCUAGCUGAGUCAAAGUCAAGUAUUCUGGAAUCACUCUGAUGGACACGAGAAACCCAUCUGAGAAUUCUUCCAAUUUUGAAUCUUUCAUGUACAAUUCAUCAUCACGCAGAAGUGCUAUGUCCAUCAAGUCUAGGAGUUUUGGUAGAAAUUCAACAAAAGAAGUGACUUUUGGCCACUCAGGAUCCAAGCCUGUUAGGUAUGGAUCAAAGGGUGCUGAUUCUGAAGCUCUCAGCAUGUCCCAGAAGGAAAUCAGUGAUGAGGAUGCUAGGUUGGUUUAUGUUGAUGAUCCUGAGAGGACAAACGUGAGGUUUCAAUUUGCAGGGAAUUCGAUUCGGACUGGGAAGUACUCCAUCCUCACCUUUCUACCAAGGAAUAUAUUUGAACAGUUUCAUAGAGUUGCUUACAUUUAUUUCCUUAUAAUUGCCAUUCUUAAUCAGCUCCCUCAGCUAGCUGUUUUUGGGCAGGGUGUUUCCAUUAUGCCAUUGGCCUUUGUCCUUCUUGUUACUGCCGUGAAGGAUGCAUAUGAGGACUGGAGGAGGCAUAGGUCAGAUAAAGUUGAGAACAACAGGUUAGCAUUUGUUUUGGUUAAUGGUAAGUUCCAAGAGAAGAAAUGGAAUGAUAUUAGAGUUGGUGAGAUCAUUAAAAUCAAAGCAAAUGAAGCCAUUCCUUGUGAUAUUGUGUUGCUUUCAACUAGUGACCCUACUGGGGUUGCUUAUGUACAGACUCUAAAUCUUGAUGGAGAGUCUAACUUGAAGACUAGGUAUGCAAAACAAGAGACUCAAUCUAAGUUGAAUGAAAAGGAGAGGUUUAAUGGGUUGAUUAAAUGUGAGAAACCCAAUAGGAAUAUUUAUGGGUUUCAGGCCAACAUGGAAAUUGAUGGAAAAAGGUUGUCUCUUGGGUCCUCCAAUAUUGUCCUUAGAGGCUGUGAAGUCAAGAAUACUCAUUGGGCCCUUGGUGUUGCUGUAUAUUGUGGCCGUGAAACCAAAGCUAUGCUCAACAGCUCAGGAGCUCCAUCUAAGAGGAGUCGUCUCGAGAUUCGCAUGAACUCUGAGAUCAUCAUGCUUUCAUUCUUUCUUGUAGCUUUGUGUACAGUCAACUCAGUUUGCGCUGCUGUUUGGUUAAAGCUCCACAAGGAUGAGUUGAAUCUCUUGCCUUAUUAUAGGAAACUGGAUGUUUCUCAGGGGAAAGAGGAAAGCUAUGAAUAUUAUGGAUGGGGAGUGGAAAUCCUUUUCACAUUCCUAAUGUCAGUUAUAGUGUAUCAGGUCAUGAUCCCCAUAUCCUUGUACAUUUCGAUGGAACUUGUCCGCGUUGGUCAGGCCUACUUCAUGAUCCGAGACUCUAGAAUGUAUGAUGAGGCAACAAAUUCUAGAUUUCAGUGCAGGGCUUUGAAUAUUAAUGAAGAUUUAGGGCAAAUUAAAUAUGUCUUUUCUGACAAAACUGGUACACUGACUGAGAACAAAAUGGAGUUUCGAUGUGCUAGCAUCUGGGGUUUUGAUUACAGUACUGGAAAAGCCAGUCUUGAGAAUGAACAAUUUGAAUACUCUGUUCAAGGGGAUGGAAAGGUCUUGAAGCCAAAGAUGAAGGUGAGUGUCAAUCAAGAGCUUUUGCAAUUAUCAAAAAGUGGAUUUGCAAAUAAAGACGGGAAACGGAUUUAUGAUUUCUUUCUAGCACUGGCAGCCUGCAAUACUAUUGUGCCUCUUGUUGUUGACACAUCUGACCCUACAGUCAAGCUGAUAGAUUACCAAGGGGAAUCACCAGAUGAACAAGCAUUGGCAUAUGCUGCUGCUGCCUAUGGUUUUAUGCUUAUAGAACGAACCUCAGGUCACAUUGUUGUUGAUAUUCAUGGACAAAGGCAAAGGUUCAAUGUCUUGGGUUUGCAUGAAUUUGAUAGUGAUCGGAAGAGGAUGUCAGUUAUAUUGGGGUACAAUGAAAAUUCUGUGAAAGUUUUUGUCAAAGGAGCGGAUACAACAAUGCUUAGUGUGAUAGAUAAAUCAUUGAACAUGGACGUAAUACAAGCAACUGAAACCCAUCUUAACUCUUAUUCCUCUGUGGGUUUGAGGACACUUGUUAUUGGGAUGCGGGACUUGAAUGCUUCAGAAUUUGAGCAAUGGCAUUUUGCCUUUGAGGCAGCAAGUACUGCUUUGAUUGGUAGGGCUGCUAUGCUUCGCAAGGUUGCUAUCAAUGUUGAGAGCAAUCUCUGCAUAUUGGGUGCAACUGCCAUCGAAGAUAAACUGCAGCAAGGUGUACCAGAAGCUAUUGAGUCUCUAAGGAUUGCGGGUAUUAAAGUAUGGGUGUUGACUGGGGACAAACAGGAAACUGCCAUAUCAAUUGGCUACUCCUCAAAACUCCUAACGAGCAAGAUGACUCAAAUCAUAAUUAAUAGCAACAAUAGAGAGUCAUGUAGAAUACGUUUACAAGAUGCCCUUUUCAGGUAUGGAAGAAACAUGGCUGCAUCUGGGAUUACCAACAAUUCUGAAGGAAGUUCUGAUGCUGUUACAACUCCGACAGCCUUGAUUAUUGACGGUAACAGCCUUGUAUAUAUUCUUGACAGUGAACUUGAAGAAGAGCUCUUUCAACUUGCAAGUAGAUGUUCUGUUGUUCUCUGUUGUCGAGUGGCUCCAUUGCAGAAGGCUGGGAUUGUUUCCCUUGUGAAGAAUAGGACGGCUGACAUGACGCUAGCCAUUGGAGAUGGUGCUAAUGAUGUAUCAAUGAUCCAAAUGGCUGAUGUUGGAGUUGGCAUCAGUGGACAGGAGGGUCGGCAAGCUGUAAUGGCUUCAGAUUUUGCAAUGGGGCAGUUUAGGUUUUUAGUUCCUCUCUUAUUGAUACAUGGGCAUUGGAAUUACCAACGACUGGGUUACAUGAUACUAUACAAUUUUUACAGAAAUGCUGUCUUUGUUCUUGUCCUAUUUUGGUAUGCACUCUUCGCUGCGUUCACUUUGACAACUGCUAUAAAUGAAUGGAGCAGCAUGUUGUAUUCAGUAACCUACACUGCAUUUCCAACUAUUUUUGUUGGUAUUCUUGACAAGGAUCUUAGUAAAAGGACUCUCCUAAAGUAUCCUCAGCUUUAUGGGGUUGGGCAGAGAAAAGAGGCCUACAACCAAAAAUUAUUUUGGUUGACAAUGGCCGAUACUUUGUGGCAAAGCAUUGUUGUCUUCUUUACUCCUCUCAUUGCAUAUUGGGGAAGCACUAUAGAUGCAGCAAGCAUAGGAGAUCUUUGGACUCUUUCAGCAGUCGUUUUGGUUAAUUUGCACUUGGCCAUGGAUGUCAUAAGGUGGAAUUGGGUUAUUCAUGCAGCCAUUUGGGGGUCUAUCAUUGCAACUUUCUUUGGUGUCAUGAUUAUUGAUGCUAUACCGAUACUUCCUGGUUAUUGGGCCAUCUUUCAUGCUGCAGGCACUGCAAUGUUCUGGUUGUGUUUGCUUGGAAUUGUGAUAGCAGCAUUGCUUCCUCGUUUUGUUGUAAAAUUUAUCUAUCAAUAUUAUUGUCCAAACGAUAUUCAGAUUUCAAGAGAAGUUGAAAAGUUCGGGGAUCAAGUCAAUGAGGUUGGACAGGUAGAAAUGCAUCACAUCCCAAAUGGUCCACCAAGAUAACAGAAGUGAUCUUGUCCCUUUAUUUGUAUCAUUUCUUUUGUAAAGUUACAUAUUAUAUAAUAGGCUACGUCAGAGUAUUUCUGUUGGUUGCCCCAUUUCAUUGUUUUUCUAUCCAAAGGAUAGAGUAUCGGUUGUAUGUUUAUUCUUUUGUAUCGAUAAAUUAGCCUGUUGUAAAUUGACAUUGAUCAUAGCAGAAAAAGAAGAAA